AUGCGUUUAAAUGCGAGUAGGUCGCAGGGGGGCCGCGCGCAGUGGGGCCACGGGCAGCCGCGGGCAGCCGCGCGCAGGGGCAGCGGGACCGCGGGGAGCAGCGCGCAGGGGCAGCGGGGCCGCGGGCAGCAGCGCGCAGGGGCAGCGGGGCCGCGGGCAGCAGCGCGCAGGGGCAGCGGGGCCGCGGGCAGCUUCGCGCAGGGGCAGCGGGGCCGCGGGCAGCCGCGCGCAGGGGCAGCGGGACCGCGGGCAGCCGCGCGCAGGGGCAGCGGGACCGCGGGCAGCCGCGCGCAGGGGCAGCGGGACCGCGGGCAGGGGGUCCGCACGGCCCCGGGUAUGCGCACGUAUGUGAACCAAAGUUACGGCACCAGGUACGCGCACAGGUCCACUGCACGCUCCAUGGCAUGUACUCCUCAGGAGGAUUAUGUGGAAGCUGCUGUGAAACAAGCCUUACAAAUCCACCUGUCUGGAGCUGCAGGUGACAUUCUGAUCUUCAUGCCAGGGCAAGAGGAUAUUGAGGUAACGUCUGAUCAGAUUAUCGAACGCUUGGGGGAGUUGGAGAGUGCUCCACCCCUAGCUGUCCUUCCAAUUUAUUCCCAGCUGCCAUCUGAUUUACAGGCCAAGAUUUUCCAAAAAGCCCCGGACGGUGUGAGAAAAUGCAUUGUGGCCACGAACAUUGCAGAGACCUCCCUCACUGUGGAUGGCAUCAUGUUUGUUGUGGAUUCAGGUUACUGCAAGUUAAAGGUGUUUAAUCUCCGCAUUGGCAUGGAUGCCUUGCAGAUUUAUCCUAUUAGCCAGGCCAAUGCCAACCAGCGUUCCGGCAGAGCAGGCCGAACUGGGCCAGGGCAGUGCUUUAGGCUUUACACACAGAGCGCCUAUAAGAACGAACUUCUGUGCACCACGGUCCCUGAAAUCCAGCGUACAAACCUCUCCAAUGUAGUUCUGCUGCUUAAGUCCCUGGGGGUUCAGGAUCUGCUUCUCUUUCAUUUCAUGGAUCCACCACCAGAGGACAAUAUGCUCAAUUCUAUGUAUCAGCUGUGGAUCCUAGGGGCCCUUGAUAACACAGGCUCUCUCACCUCCACCGGGCGACUUAUGGUUGAGUUCCCCUUAGACCCUGCCCUCUCGAAGAUGCUUAUUGUAUCGUGUGACAUGGGCUGCAGUUCUGAGAUACUGAUGGUGGUGUCUAUGCUCUCUGUGCCAGCCAUAUUCUAUCGCCCAAAGGGGCGAGAGGAGGAGAGUGACCAAGUGCGAGAGAAAUUUGCUGUCCCAGAGAGCGACCACUUAACGUAUUUAAAUGUCUUCCUUCAGUGGAAAAACAAUAACUAUUCAAGUGGCUGGUGCAACCAACACUUUAUACAUGCCAAGGCCAUGCGCAAGGUCCGUGAAGUUCGGGCCCAGCUGAAAGAUAUCAUGGUGUCCCAGCGGAUGCCCCUCUCCUCUUGCGGCUCAGACUGGGAUGUCGUGAGGAAGUGCAUCUGUGCGGCUUAUUUUCACCAAGCUGCCAGACUUAAGGGGAUCGGCGAGUAUGUGAACGUGCGCACAGGGAUGCCAUGCCACUUGCACCCGACUAGCUCUCUGUUUGGGAUGGGAUACACGCCUGAUUAUAUUGUGUACCACGAACUAGUGAUGACUACAAAGCUGUCCCAGUUUUUGGAUUCAGAGUUCAGUUACCCAGAGGUGGAGGAGGUUUCUUGUGAAGAAGUUCAUCCUGCUCUGUCUGAUAUCAUCAAGCAGGAACGGAACCCGGAACGAAGGUUUAACCUGUCUAGGCGUGUUAAGCGUCUGUUUGUCUUUGAUGAGGACUUAGUUCUUUUUAAAUCAGGCAUUGCCUCAGCCUCAGUGUCCAGGGUAGUUAAGGUCUGGCUUUCCCAGAUUGAGGAGGAUAUCACUGCCAAAACCUCCAGGGAUGUGAUCCUCAAGAACGUCGCUGCUGUGGAUUUUCUAUGUGACGAAUCUAUUGAGUAUAUCAGAAUGACAGCCAGGGCCUCUGCUCUCUCAUUUGCUGCUAGAGGAGCCUUAUGGCUAAAAGCUUGCGUUGCGGAUAAUGCCUCUAAGAACAGACUUCUUAGUAUUCCCUUUAAGGACAAAUCCCUGUUUGGCAAAGAACUUGAAUCCCUGUUUGAGAAAACUACAGGGGACAAGCACCGGAUGCCGCAGCGAAGACCAGAUUCCAAAAGAAGGCUUCUUUCUUUUGGGCAAGACCUUCCAGGGCAGUGCAGAGGCUAUGGUUCCAGAGAGAGGAAGAUUGGACAGAUUCUCCUUCACCAAAGCGCCCCAGGACCCCAAGGGCUCGGCAUGACACCAAUCGCAUUCCUGUGGGAGGAAGGCUCGGGUUCUUCAGGGACAGCUGGUUCACCAUCACUCGAGACCCAUGGGCGAGAUGCAUCAUACCGCACUGGUAUCGGUGCCUUUAAAGACCUCCAGAUUGUUUCCUGA